AUGAUUUUUUAAAAAAUGUAUAUUGUACUUUACUGUGAUCUCGUUGCAGAAGAGCGGCAGAAGAAGCUUCAGGAGUAUUUAGCAAGUAAAGGAAAGCUGAAAUGUCCAAAUACAAAACCCUAUUUAAAGGACCGGACCAAUCAGCCAAAUCCACAGUUACCACGACUUUCUAAAUCAGGGCCUGUUGUCCAGCCCCAGAAGGAUGUUCUCUCAAAAGUGUCCAAAUGCAUACCGAAGGAUCAUGCACCUGCUGUCAAAAACACAAGAAGUACACGUCGUGCUCUUCAGCACAGAUCCUCAAAUGCCCCUGGGUCCCAGAGGCCAAAGAGUAUACCCCCCAACCUUCUGGGAAAGAGGACAGGGCCACCUGCCAACCUUCUACCAAACAAAAGCCAUUGUGUGCAACUGAACAGAAUAGCAUCAUCAUCUACCUGUCAUCAGUUAAAUCAAAUACAAGAGACUGUGAAAUCUGAAAAUCCAGGGUUAGUCACAGAUCAACGGGCUGUAAUGUUGACCCAGACUGGAAAUGAUCCCCACUGUGGGGAGCACCACUCAGUAACAGAGAAUUUGCAAGAAAUGGUAGACUGUGAUAAAGUAACUCUUCCUAGUAAAACCAUUCUAGAAUCUUCUGAGAACAGGACAGAGUCUGGACUGGACAUCAAAGUACAAUCUAGGACUGGUUUAAACAAGCCAGAGAGCAAAAGAGGUUUGGUUCACAGGCCUUCCUUGGGCACAGCUCCAAGGAACAAUGUCUGUCUGAAAGACAGAGUUACUGCCUGUCAGACCAGUAAGGAACUACUUUGGAAUAAACUAGCAAAAUCUCCACCUGGCUGUAAAGUCAUGUGUCCUCAAAAACCCAGCAGCAAAGCCCGGGGGUCAGUGCCUCCUUCCCAGAUAUUUACUGUUUCUAGUACUCGGCUAUCCAAGAAAUUGGGUACAGAAAAACAGUGUCUACAUCCCAGUGUUAUGAGGCAAAACACAGUGAAAUUACGGGCAGUUGGAAUGCUUGGUCUUGCAAGACAGCCCACACGAAAGCAAUAUGUGAAGCCCUCAAGAACAUGUAAAACUCCUGGCGCUCUGGAAGUUGGAAGGUCCAAACAACAGGUUAGAGCUGGACAAGAUCUGAAACUGACAAGAUCUCCCAUAAAUUCUCAUGUCUCCAAGAGGCCCUCUGUGAUGGAACUGAAAGCAAAAUCAAAACCCAUGUCAGAGAGACCCAAUUCAAAAACAAGUGGCACAGCCAACUGGCAAACGAAUGCAACAAAAGGGAAGCAGUGCAUUAAAGAUUUGAAGAAAGCUUCUCAGACUUGUGAUACAAAAUCCAAAAGCACUCUCCCCAGAAACUGUACUGCAAGCACAUGCAUGUCCAGAGACCAAGCCAGUGUUGGCAUGCUUAGGAAUAUGAGAGAAACAUCCAAGCGAGAGCUGUUAAGAGAAAAAGAGGUUCUGGGUAAUCAGGAUCCCAAGACUCCAGCUGCUGAGAAUCGCAAGAAGCAACUGGAGCAGUGGUUGGCAUCCAAAGGGAAAUCGUAUAAACGUCCACCCAUGACACUGCCUGCUAAAAAGCCAACCAAGGAGAUGAUGAACCUGUCCUUCUGGAAUGGCAUGGAGAAGGAGGAGAAGAGAAAGCAGUUCUGCGUGACGGACAAGAUCAAUGGCAUGUUGGCAGAGUGUCUGGAACUUGCUGAGAAGGGUUUUCCUUCAGAGGAGCUCUUCACCACACUGUCCAGUAUCCCAGAGGCAGAGAAGUUUGCCAAGUUCUGGAUCUGCAAGGCAAAGCUGCUGGCUCGUAAUGGCACCAUUGACAUGACUGGGUUGUAUGAAGCAGCAGUUUGUGCUGGUGCUGCGCCAAUCCAGGAGCUGAGAGAAGUUGUUGUUGAGUUUUUGAAGAAUACAGACAAUGUAUACCAAGGGGUCUCUGCACACCCUUCUGCUGGAGUCAGCUCUCCUAUAGUGGAGGAUGCAGCUGAACAGCCGGUGCUUCAGGGGCCCAGAACUCCUUGCCCUGGCAUGAGAGAGCAGGUUGUGGCAACUCCACAGUCCAGUUUAAGGUUCUUGACUAGCAAGCCAGUCUCCUCGGUCAAGUUACAAGUUGUUCCCGUGCCCAGAAUGAAGGGACUGUCUGAUAUGCAAGACUUGAAAUUCUUAACCCCGGUGCGGCGUUCUCUGCGGAUAGAGCAUGCCAUAUCCCGUUACCCAGAGAUGCUGAAGGAACAUGACACCGUAGUGUCUUCCCUUGAUGAAAUAAUGGCCAUGGAGGAUGUGAGCCAGAUUGUGUUUCGUAAAAAUGAGGCCCUGCUGGAAGAGGAGGAGCUGGAGCUUUAGGCUGGUGGUGUCCACAAGCUUCAUGGCCUUCUGUUAUGGGUUCCUCUGUCUGGGGUGAAAGUAACCUAAAGGACUUACCGGUACUCCAGAGUCCUGCGGAGGGGGAUGCCCCCCUGCACCCCAAUCAACGCUGACAGCAUCCCCCCCCACCCCAUUGACACUGACACUGUGCCCCCCACCAGCUGACGGGAUGCCACAGGAUAAUCAGCGAGGGCACACAGGGCUGCACUUAUUUAUACGCUACAAUACAGGGCAUUCGCUGGCCACCCCACCCCCCGGAAUCCUACUUGCAUCUGGUGUGAUUCUCGACCUGUUCCCUGCCCUGUGGGGGACCAGCACUUCUGCCCCCAUCCAGAGAUCUAGCCCCAUGGCAGGCCGGGCUCAGACAGGCCCCUGAGAUGAUGCUCCCCGGCUGGGCCUUUUGUACCAAGCUGCACUACCCAAACCUUGGGAGUUUUCCAGAUAAACCCAGCGCAACCUGAGUCCCUCGGCAUGAGGCUUCCUCCCUUUCCAGGAAGGGGACGACCUUCCCCAUGCCCUUCCCUGGAAUGUCUCCCCCGAGCGCCCAGGGGGAGGGGUGGGCAAUAUACACCACAUUCCUACAUGUUUCCCUAAGUCUCCUGCAUGUUUCCACUGCCCCCCAAAGACGGUGGCUCAGCUGUGCUCACAGCUGCCCAGUCACUCAGGCCGUGGGGAUGGAAGGUAACAAUCGACCCGGCCCAGCGUCUGGUUGGAAAGAAAACACGCUGGCUAAAACUAUCCCCUGCCUGGCAAGCAAUGGAAGUUGCCUGACUAAAGGGGAGGCCUGUAAAUAUACUGGGGUAAAUGUGUAAUUGCCUUUCUACAGUGUUACUACUCUUAAUAAAUGUACAUACCCUGUG